CCGGCCUGUUUACUUCUGUGGACCUUACAAGGCCCAAAUGACAAAUAUUGAGCCCAAUUGAAAAUGACCAAUCUAUUGACGUGUCACGUGUCCAUCAAAAAAGGGCCCUUGUAACUUGGAGUUGUAAGUUCAUUCUUCCGCAUGAUGUGCCGUGUAAAUCGGAGUCAGGAGUCAAAGUCAAUAAAAAGAAAAACAAAGGAAAAGACCGCUUGCCACCGCCACUUAAGAGAAAUUCAUUUCUUCCCAUACUAGGGCAUUUUAUCCGCCGCCAAUCGCAUUUUUCUCGCCUAUGUUCGAUUAGCGUCCUUCUUUUCGUCCUCCAUCUCUUUCAGGCUCAUCCAUAUACAGCUAAAGGAAUAGAGGAGAAAAUUAUUGGAUGGCGCUUCGUUUUGAGGUUCUAGGGAGGUUUAAUCGUGCUCGGGCGGCUCAUCUAACACUCCCUCACUUUGUAUGCGAGACCCCUCUGUUUAUGCCUGUGGGAACGCAAGGUACAAUAAAAGGUUUGACAACUAACCAGCUUGAGGAGAUUGGUUGUCAAAUAAUUCUUGGGAAUACAUAUCACCUGGCACUUCGCCCUACAUCUGAGCUUAUUGAUGAAUUGGGUGGUCUUCACAAAUUUAUGAACUGGCCUAGAGCAAUGCUGACUGAUUCCGGAGGCUUUCAAAUGGUAUCACUGCUGCAUUUAGCUGACAUCACUGAAAAGGGUGUAACAUUUCAGUCUCCAGUCGAUGGGAAGCCAAUGCUCCUAACACCAGAGGAAUCUAUUCAAAUCCAAAAUAGAAUUGGAGCAGAUAUCAUAAUGGCUCUUGAUGAUGUGGUAAGAACUAUUAUUACUGGUCCACGAAUUGAGGAGGCCAUGUAUCGUACCCUUCGUUGGAUAGACAGAUGCAUAGCUGCUCACAAAAGACCACAUGAACAGAACUUGUUUGGUAUUGUACAAGGUGGUUUAGAUCCAGUACUAAGGGAUAUAUGUGUUAGAGGGUUGGUGGAUCGAAAUUUACCUGGCUAUGCUAUUGGUGGUCUUGCAGGCGGCGAAGAUAAAGAUUCAUUUUGGCGUGUUGUUGCUCAGUGUACUGCAGCACUGCCUGAAGAUAAACCGCGAUAUGUCAUGGGUGUUGGGUAUCCACUGGAUAUUGUAGUUUGUAGUGCCUUAGGUGCUGACAUGUAUGACUGUGUUUAUCCUACUCGAACUGCUCGUUUUGGCACCGCCCUUGUUCCAGAGGGAUUGCUGAAACUCAAGAACAGGGCAAUGUCUGACGAUACUCGCCCUAUUGAUCCUGCAUGUGCUUGUAUGGUAUGCAAGAACUAUACGAGGGCCUACAUCCAUUCUCUUGUUACGAAGGAUGCUAUGGGUUCUCAGCUUUUGUCAUAUCAUAAUUUAUAUUACAUGAUGCAGCUUAGCAGAAAUCUACACUCAUCCAUAGUCCAGGGGAGGUUUCCUGAGUUUGUCUGCAACUUUUUGCAGAAAAUGUUUCCUAAAGGAGACAUCCCUGAAUGGGUCUGCAAUGCCAUGGAGGUUGCUGGAAUUGAUAUCUCCUCCUGCUGUGCUCCUUUUCCUUCAGCACAAGAUUAGUGUUACAAUUAAAUAUAGAAGAUUGUAUUUUAAUGAGGUGUCCUUUUACUUGCAUCGGCUUCUGAGAUUGAGAUCAAAGAAAUCUAAUUUACAGGUAACACGUAGAGCAGUAUAAAUUUUGUAGCUGAUCGAAAUGCUGCCUCACAAGGAAUUUCACCCCUCUGGGGAUUUUCACCUUUUUAUGUACCUUUCUACUCUUUCCUUCUUUUUGUCAAUCGACUUGCUAUACCAUUCAAAGUAAAUUUUGUUAACUGGCUACUGAAUAUGAUCUAUACUAUUUUUAUUAAUGAAAUUAUUCUUUAUUAGAAUUAAAAGGAAAGAGCGGUGGAAACUGGAAAGUGAUUUGUUUGUUGAUUGAUAGAAAAAGGUGAGAAGAGAGGGAGAAAAGGGUGAAUCCAGAGAGGAAAUUGAGGUAAUAUGUUCCCUCCCCUGCAAUGUGUCCCGAGUUAAUUGUCAAGCAUGAAAAGAAUUGAUGUGCAGGCCUAUUAGAGGAGAAACAAAGCCGACGAAAAUGUUCAUUGGCUAGUGGCCCCCUACCCUGAUUGGUGGUUGUCGCUUUUAUACUCUCUUUUCCUUUUUCUGGGACCGAAACUUACCCUGUUUCUUUUCAGGGCUCAUAACUCCGUAUGGUUGCGUCCUUGCGCCAUGCCUACUACUUUAGCCAUACGACCUCUAGAUGGAGUGGCGUGAGUGAGUUUCUCAUCUCACAUUUUUGCAAUAACCGAACGAAUUAGAGCUGAAAAUUGCGGUGAUUUGGCCGAUUAUCCUGUUAGGCAUUUGCAGUUGAUGUCAACUAUAUUUUUGCCCAAUAAUGCAGCUCGGUUGUCUUGAUGUGGUAGACAAUCAUAUGUUAAUCUGAAGUUAGAUAAGGUUACCAAGAGUUAUCAAUUAAACCCAUGAAAUGGUGGAGCUCAAUUUACUCUUUCCACUUUUCUCACCCUCACCUAUCCAACGGAUGGUUUGCUUGCCAAAAUGUAGCAGUUGUGUUUUUUUGUUUUAUGAAUAAAUAACAAUUUAGGAGCAAGAGUGGUUAUUCUA